AUGAACCCAUCUACUCAAAUUGCAGGCCAGCUGUCAUCAAUAAAGAAAAGCAACCUAUCCCUGGCAGAUGCUUUAAGAGAGAUCGAGCUCGCCAAGCAAUCAUUUGAAAAGAUCUCUAUGCUGGAGCGUACAAUAAAUAAUCAAAAUCUUCAUAUUCAAGAACUCAGCGAGCAAAUGCAGCAUUUCGUUCUUGCCACCCUAUUUACUUCGAAGCUGGAUGAAGUUUCAUAUAUGAUAGAAAAAGCUGUCAAAGCAAAAUUUGAAGAAUUUUCGGCCCAGUUUUAUAAUUCUCUAAACGACAAGCUUAGCAUUGCUGACGCUGAAGUCCUGCUAAAGCAAAAAGUGAUGUGAUCAGCCCACAACGGUCUUUCUCAAGAACUGGGAAAUUUAAAGUCACGCUUACUCCCCCUUUAAAUUGCAAAAAAAUAUAAAAUUUCCAUUUUGGACAAAUUAACUCCGCUUUAAAUUGGAAUAAAUAAUUUUUUUAUAUAGAUAAAAUAAUAACUAUAAGCGGCUUUAAUACCCAACUUAAUAUCACAAUAUCGAAAAUUUAUUCACAACUUAUUCUAAUUUAAAGUUAAAACACUAUUCAAACAAAGUUCUAUAAAUUCUCACAUAAAAAUUUAAUUUUUUUUUAUCAAAAUUAACCUGAAUUUGUUUUUUAAAUUUAAAAGGAGAGUUAGACAAACACAUCUUUUCUGAUUUUGAAGGACUGAAAACGAAAAUGAAAAUCGAAUUCUCACAAAUGCAGACCAUUGCAAAUAAAGAAACCGCAGAAAUAAGCUCUGAUGAGGUCGCACAGAUAAAAGCAAGAGUUGUAACUCUUGAGCAGCAAUUGCAAGAAAUUUUCAAUGAAGAGGACGAGGAACAAGACGAAUCUUAUGAUAGCGAAGAAGAGUUAGAUGGGAUGAUGGACGAUUUAGAAAGAACUGUGCUAAGAGAAAGAAGGGCAAGAGAAGCAGAGAUGAAUUAUGAAGAAGAAAAUGAAGAACUUCAUGAAGAAGCCCCAGAAAAACAAGUAGUGGUUCAAGAAGAAGCAAAAAAUCUGCCACAAAUUAGUGCAGAUAUCAAUAGCCAACAAUUGAAAGAAGAAAUUAAAGAAGAGAAGCUAGAAACUCCUAGAGAAAAUAUACCAAAAGAAGAAGAAAAAGCAGCAACAACUCUUCAAAAUCUCCCUGUGUCUUUAUCUGAAAUUACAGAGCUUGAAGAAUCAAGAAAAAAUCUAAAAACAAGAGGGUCAUCAAGAGCAAAUGAUGUUGGCAGAAUGAGCAGCAGGUCAAGCAGUGUCGGGAAGAAACUUGUGGGAGGUGCAGGCUUGUCCCAAAUAAACAAGAAAUUGGCUGCUUUCCAAAAGGAUAUAGAAGCAAAUAGAAAAGCUAUUGAAGAUAACCAAAAUUAUAUAGCAGCAGUCGAAGCUGAGCUUCAAAAAACCAUCCAUGAAACUAUCCAUGACAUCAUUGAGCAGCAUAAAGAACUUGAAGCGAAAACUCAAACCAUGGAAAUGAGCUUUAUUAAAGCUUUGAGAAGAAAAGGGAUAAGCACUGACAAAAAAUCUGAGAAAAAACAAGUAGAAAUCCCUAAGAGAGAAAUUGAUAAAAUCCACAAAGAAAUUGAUGAGAAAUUAAAGAGAAUCGUUGUGGUCGAGACUUAUGUAAAUAAAGUUGUUUCAGAUAUGAAGCAAGUAAAAUCCACCCAAAAGCAGAAGCUUAAUGAAAUUAUUAAAUACCUGCAUUAUAUCAGCGAGGAUAGAACAAAACUCAUGGGCGAGUUCAACAAAGCCAAUGACUCAAUAAAAUCAAUUGGCGAAAAUUUACAAAAAAAUUUGGUGAAAGUGCAAGGUGAAGUUUUAGAUCUGCAAGGACCUAUGACUGAUCUGAUUUCUGAUCAGCAACGAGAGAACAUCGGCUUAACACAAGAAAUCAGAAGAAACCAAGAAUUAGUGAGAAGCAUGGUCGAAAAUAUUCCUAAUAGUGUAAGCCAAGCUUUCGAAAGAAGCUCUUUUCGAGAGUCUUCUUUGGAUAGCUCAUAUGCAGUAACUGCGAGGGUCCAAACUGCUUCUCCAAAAAUAUCAGUUAAGCAUAGAUUUUAUAGCUCAAAUAAUAAGUACCGACUAUCCUCUAGGUCUGUGAAUCACGAUGCAAAUUGGCUCAAAUCGCUUCCAGAUUCCAACCCAUUGGCGCUGCCGCGAAUUUCUAGACAUUCUUUGAACCAAAGUGUGAUAUCAGAAAUUGAAACUCGGAGUCCAGAAUAA